UUUCGUUUAGGGGUAAUCAGCUCCUAAACGAAAUCUUUUUUCUUGCAAAGAAAAAAACAUCUUUUUUUUAACUCGCUGAACUGCUCAGCGUCGGCUGGCGUCGCCGACAGCCCAAGACUCCCAUUCCGGCCAGUCGCCUGCUGUGCCCUGCUCCACAGCCUCCUGCCCCCCAUUCUAAGUCGGCAAUCUCUCUGCCUCUCUCUCGGGCUUGGCACUGGGGAGUCAGGUAAGUUUUGUAAAUUUCUCUACUGUGCUAAGGUGCACAACUCACACUGCAUCUCUUUGUGAGGCAACUUCAUUUGGAACAAUUCUUUUUCUUUUAUACAGAAGAUAGAUAGAUUGGUAGAUUUGGGGUUUUCCCUUUUUUGCAGAAAGUAAUAACUGAUGUAAAGAUAACCAUACAUGCUGCUUCGACGCAUGUACUAUUUCUUACCUUCCCUAUCGAAACCCUCAUUGUUAUUCUCUCCUCAUUCCAAAAUCUUGGCUCAUAUUCCCCUUAAGCUUGGUAAUGCUGAAGCCUGGCGGGCAAUUCAAUCCUCCUUGAACAGACCGAACCAUUUCUCUACAGUCUUGCAUCUUAUCCAAGAAGAAGAUACAAUAACCUCUUCCAAAAAGAUGUCAAAAAAGGCCCGGCGUGAAGCUCCUGGAAAUGUUCUUCGGUUUAAACUACAGCGUUGCUCAAAAAGUGGUGACUUGAAAGAAGCUCUGCGCCUUUAUCACGAAGCCAAGUUGAAUGGAGUUGAAUUAAAUGUAAACCAUUAUAAUUCUUUGCUCUAUUUGUGUUCGGUUUGGAGUUCUAAAGAUGAUGCAGAAUCCAAAGAAUUCGGCAUUCAGGAGGGUUUUAAUAUUUUUAGGAUAAUGGGGUUGAAGAACAUUCUUCCAAAUGAGGGUACGUUCACUAAUGUUGCAAGGUUAGCUGCAGCUAAGGAAGACCCUGUUUUGGCUUUUGAUUUGGUGAAACAAAUGAAGGAUUCUUGUAUUCCUCCUAAGCUGAGGUCGUAUGGACCAGCCUUGUUUGGCUUUUGCAAGAAAGGAAUGCCAGAUGAGGCUUAUGAAGUCGAUUGCCAUAUGCUAGAAUCAGGGUUAGUCCCAGAAGAGGAAGAGCUUUCUGCUCUAUUAAAGGUGAGUUGUGAGUCAAAACGCGUUGAGAAAGUAUAUGAAUUGAUGCAUAGGUUAAGGGCGUCUGUUAGGCAAGUGUCGGAAAACACUGCUACCAUUGUGGAAGAUUGGUUUAGGUCAGAAACUGCUGCAGGGGUUGGGAUAGAAAAGUGGAAUGUGGAGAAGGUGAAAAAUGGUGUGUUGAAGGGUGGGGGUGGGUGGCACGGGCAAGGUUGGUUGGGUAAGGGAGAAUGGGAAGUUGUGAGAACUAAAAUGGGUGAGAGAGGCGUGUGCCAUUCAUGUAGAGAAAAGCUUGUAAGCAUUGAUAUUGAUUUGAUCGAGACUGAGAAUUUCGCUAAUUCAUUGGCAAAGUUGGCUUCUGAAAGGGAGGCCAAAAAUUCAUUUUAUCACUUUCAGGAGUGGCUUAGGAGGAAUGGUCCAUUUGAUGCAGUGGUAGAUGGUGCAAAUGUUGGCCUCAUUAAUAACCGAGACUUCAGUUUUUUACAGCUCAAAUCUGUUGUCAAUGAGUUACAUAAAAGAAGCAAAUCAAAGAAGCUGCCACUUGUUAUAUUGCACACAAGUCGUGUAACGGGAGGACCUGCUGUGCAUCCUAGGAACAAGAAGUUAUUGGAAAGCUGGAGAAGUGCUGGUGCUCUUUAUGCCACUCCGCAGGGUUCAUGUGAUGAUUGGUAUUGGUUAUAUGCUGCGGUGAGUUGCAAGUGUUUGCUGGUCUCUAAUGAUGAGAUGAGGGAUCACAUAUUCCAGCUGUUAGGGAAUGGCUUUGUCCCCAGAUGGAAGGAAAAACACCAGAUCCGGAUGACUGCAUCUAGGGAAGAGGGACUUAAGCUACACAUGCCUCCUCCAUAUUCAAUUGUUAUUCAAGAGUCGGAGGAGGGAAAUUGGCAUGUACCAACUGUAACAGGUGAUGACCUUGAAACGCCCCGCCAGUGGCUAUGUGCUACCCGGAAGAGGAGAAAGGCACUGCAUAAUCUCUUUUAGUUAGCAUGUGUUUUUUCAAGUUCAUCAACUUCAAGAAAGAGAUUAGAAUGAAAUAUUUUUUCGACAAAUUACCCUCUUAAUCUUUAUUGUUAAAAUUACCAGGCAUUUUGUGGUUGUGUAAAUUCA